AUGAGCUUCGUUAAUAAGAGACCAGCGACUGAAAGACCACUCAGAAAGAGAAAUUCCGACCAAGCGUCUAGCGCCAAGAGAUCAUCCUCGUAAGAGGGGAAAAUUGAAAUCUGGCCUCAUUUGUGAUUUCCAGAUCAGCCACCGUCACUCGUAAGAGAUCAAAUGCAAUGGAUCUGGACAAAAAGAAAGAUAUGGCUCGGAAAAGACCUCUGAUGGUGGGGAAUGGUCUAUUCAGAACAGCGGCUUCUGCGAAUUUUUCCGCCGAUUCAACGAACGAAAAUAUCGACUCUGUUGACGAGACUGCAAACUACGAUUGUAGCAAGAUCGAAGAGACUUCUGUGACUGUCGACUCUGUGAUCGAGGGAGAAGAUCUUCAGAACGAGAAAGUCGGAUCUCUCAUCGAACAUGUGUACGAAAAUGUUUUCCCGAUUGAUUUCGAUAUGGUUGGCGGAAAACUGUUUAUCAUCGGAAAAGAAGACAUGGCUAAGGUAAUAAUCAAUAAUAAUAAGGUUCUAAAAGUCUCGUACUAACAAAAAUAUUGAAGAGAAUAACAAUUUCAGCGCAUUACGAAUAAAUUCAAAAUCAUGCAGAAAAUGGCUCAUCUCGUCGGUUGUGGAUUGGAUUGUCACUGUAAGAAAACAUAAUUAUUAAAUUAGAAUUCAAAAACAUUUCAGUUCGCAUUGUAGAAGAUCGGUUUCUUCUGUUCAUGAUGGUUCGUGGAGCACCGAAGAUUGUUUUCGGAGCUACCGUCACAGUGAUACCCGAUCUCACCAACAUCAGGCAACUGACCGCGUUAGUUAGGAAGCCAAUCGUCAGGGAAAAUUGUUUUUUUGUAGAAAUGGAGAUUUUGUCGAGCUUGGACAGGCGAAGUUCUUCGAGUCUAUCUUGGCUCUGUUUCCGUCCAGCUUGAAGGGUGGAAGGGAUGUUCUGAGAAUCCCUCUUUUAAUCGGCGCCGAAAAUGUUCGCUGUUUUUGGUUUUCACUCGGUGACAAAGAUGGUUUUUCAGGAAAUGGUUUACAAAUUUUACGAAUUUCUGAGAACAAUACGGGAGAGCGUGUUGCUCCACAUUGCAUCGAGUUUGAUUCGCAGUGAUAGCAUUUCUGAAUCAGUUACUUUACAGUGCCCAUUGUCUGGACUUCCAAUGAUCAUGUAGAAGAUAACGGAGAAAUAGACUUCAAUGCCGCCCUGUAAUAAGAUAAAAACUAUAAAUUCAAACAUAUUGUUUAUCUAGGACCAUCAUCGAGAGUUGCGGAAACAAACAUUUAUCUCGUCUCGACAGAGAACAGCCGGGAUAUUCGAAUCGGUGGCGCGACGACUGGAAACUCGUGCGCUCUCAAUCGUUCUCCCAAAUGAUGGAGAACAAGUUUAACACCUACUAG